AUGUCAGACUCAAUACCGCCCCCAGAUUACUCUGAAGUAGUCAAUUCCGAGAGAUCGGCAGAGCUGAACGAGCUGUAUCCCUCUGUGCCACCUAGGAAUGACGACUACUCGCGCACUAAAGAGGAAGACUUGGCUGUGGCAGAUGACGAACUUGAAUCAGAUGCGAGUGACGGAAGCAGUGUGCCGAUGGACAUGAACCCACCAUAUUUCGAGGAAGUCCCUCAACACCCAGCAGAGAAAACCUACAAUUUUAAAGAUGCCGAGUUCUUCAAGACAAGUGAGCGUAUUUUGGAUGAUUUGAGAAAUGACCCGUUCUUUCUUCUGAGCGGAUUUGAUGUGUCGGAGGAGAUGGGAAAGGGAAUUUUAGGCGAGGAAACCGUUUACUACGCAGAAAGAUUACACGGGUUUAUCAAAAACUCAUCCAAGAAAUACCAGGCAUUGAUCCCUGUAUCCACAUUUGAGCAGCUGAAUACGGCAAAGCCCGAGGAACUGGAGGAUGGCUGGAAGUUAUGGACCGUCAAUGGUAUCAUUGCUCCGUCGCCUCAAUUGUCCAUACCCAGACACCCACUCUUCCACUUUAGAAUUAAGAUCAAGGGAAAGGGAAACGCCAUGCAUGUGAAACAUAAGUUCUAUAGCUUUGGUGACAGCCAAUUGCUGGAAAAAGACAAGAAAGAUUUAAUGUUAGACGUUGAUGGAAUCAAAAAUCAGGCAUCAGUUGCGUCCGACGCAGAGCAAGAGUAUAACAAUCGGGUUUUGGUGGACUCAAUUCCGCAAAUUAUAGACUCAGCGAAUUAUAUCUGUGAGUCUACAGGAACGAUUCUCAGGGUUGAGCUGUAUCCGUCAACUUUCAACUAUGAAGACCUCAAGCAUUUUGAAAAGGAAGAGAUUGAACUCAGAGUCUCGUCUUUUAUUUCUCAACUGCCGGACAACGGUAUUGACAACUUUCCUGUUCCCUCAACGAUCGACUGCUUGAACACAUUGUUCAAAGUUCUCAAAGGUCCUCUUACAAACUUAGACACAGACGAUAUCAAAACUCUCAAACCAAACAACUCCGUUGUUUUGAGAUUGCAUUUACAAUUGGAGCUCCUGCCCUCGAAAUUGUUUUUCAGAGAGAUAAAUGAGGAGCUUCAGCCUCCUCGAUUUUCAGAUCUUGGUCAGUAUAUGAAAAUUGGAUACGAUUAUUACCUGAGGGCUCUGACAGAAGUUCUGUAUCUUGGUUCUAUAUUCUCUCCAACCUCAGAUUUCUUCAAGACCAAAACCACAUUUUUAUCUGAUAUGAGUCCAGUGUUCAGGGUUUUGAACGAGCCUGACCUGUCCAAUCAGCUACAGUACUGGGAUAAGUUCCAGUAUGUUACAGCUUUGACCGCUCUUAGUAUUUGUCCGUACUAUACGGACAAUAUGAUCAUAGAUUGCUAUUCAAUUAUGACUAGCCUGAAUCCUGAUAACACACCGGAGCUCUUUGAUGCCUUGACAUAUUGCGCUACAUCAAGACAAGGAAGUGACUUAUCGAUGUUUGUUGCCACACUCAGAUCCAAAGGCGUGGUAGGUUUCAUGGAGCUUAAAAGUUGUUUCCAGAAGUUUGGCUUUGACAUCACAAACUCUGAGGUUGCACGGAAUCUGACUGAUGACCAGCUCAUAUCUUCAUACAAAAAUAAUGUGAUAGUCAGCACUACAAAGUACGAACGCUCAACCUUUAGAGAGGCCCUAGAGAAGGUUGGCCUAUACCGAGAAAGCACAAAAAUUCGAAGUUUUUUGGAGACCGAGCCCUUGUUUGAUGUCUCUGAGGCAUACGAAACACUAGAAACGGAUCCGUCAGUGGAUGAGGAUGUUCUUAUUACCGCUUUUCAACUGAAAGCGGAGGAUUCUGUCUACUACUCCUCUUUGUACGCCAGAGCGCUAAUGACCAUCGCGCUGCAGAGAAAGAGCCCUAUGCUGUUCAGUUACAUCCAUGCCAGCCUUCCACAAUUUUCCCAAUCGAUUCCUUCGCUGGAGGAGGCAUACGAGCUGAUUGGAUGCGACCAGUAUGCAGAUGACUCCUCGGUGGUUAGAAUUUUCCAGGAGAGAGUGGCAAAAGAAUUGAACGUUGAUUUCUACCGUCUCUGGGUUUGCCUAAAAGUGAUUGGAGAGGCAAAGAAAUCCAAGCUGAUAGAAGGGUUCCUGAACUCAGGAGUCAUGGAUUCCAGAUUACUAUCCGUUGAAAAGACACCAGCGGGCUUGAAUAAUAUCGGAAACACCUGCUACCUCAACUCCUUGCUGCAAUACUAUUUUGUCAUUGAGCCUUUGAGAAGCCUGAUUUUGCAAUUCAACAAGACACUGAAAAGACAUCAAAUUGAAAACAAUAAGAAUUACCUCGUCCGGAGAAUUGGAGGAAGAACUGUUGGAUACAAAGAGAUCGAAAGAUCCUACCAGUUCAUGUAUCAACUGAGAGACUUGUAUGACAAAAUGAUUCAUGAAAAUACAAGAUGCGUCCAACCAACUCGGGAACUUGCCUACCUUGCGUUCAGUCCUAUAAGUGACGAGGUUGAGUUUGCAGAUGACACGGGCGAACCGGAAGAUGCAGCGAUGGGCGACAAUGAAGAGCAAUCAGAAGUUCAAGAGCAUGGCGAGGUGAGUAUUGAAUUGGUGGAAAAAGCAAAGUCUGCUGAAGAGGUGCUCGAAACCAAGCAAUUGGAUCACUCUGAAAUGGACGUGGAUGAGAAAUCUCCUUCAGCCCAAAAAAAGACCACGCUUCACAAUGCUGCUACGGCAAAAAUUAGCGCAGAUCAAAUCGAAAAUGCUCUUGAGAUAGGAAGACAACAAGACGUGACAGAAUGUAUCGAAAACGUGCUAAUUCAAAUAGAAAGUGCGCUGGAGCCUGAAAAAUUGGACUCAGACAAUGAGCAGAUUGAUCUCGUGAAACAGCUCUUCUAUGGAAAGACAAAGCAGAUUCUAAUGCCCGUUGACCCAGUCACGAAAGAGGAAAUUAGUUCCGCUAGAGCACGGACGAAAGAGGAAAGGUUUCUGAAUCUUAUCGUCAAUAUUGGUGACCACCCAAGAGACAUCUACGAUGCGUUGGACACGUACUUCACCGAAGAUUUGCUCCAGCUGGACAAUGAAGAGGUCAAAAGGUCUCUCACUAUCACCGAGCUUCCGAAGAUCUUGCAAAUUCAAAUACAGAGAGUUCAGUUUGAUCGAGAAAGGCUUAUACCUGUGAAAUCGAUUGAGCCGCUUCCUUUCAAGGAAGAUCUUUACAUGGACAGGUAUAUGGAGACUACGGACAUCGAGCUCAUAUCAAAGAGAAAGGAGGUGUUUAUGUGGAAACGGCAAAUAGCUGAACUUCAGGAACGCCGUAGAAAGCUUACUGAACCUAAUGAGCAUGGUCUGCCUCUUCGGGAUGCCCUUGAUUCCACCAGACAAUUCCUUAAAUCUCAGGUUCUCAACGAGAUCGGGGUUCUUGUCGAUUCUAACAUAAUUGAGGUUCUUGAUGAACAGAUUUCGAAAAUUGACGAGCAAUUAACCUUCAUCAAAAGUGAGGUCGAAAGAUUGCAAGAUUUGAUAACUAAUCAGUUCAGCGAUCUCACCAAGAUUGGAUACUCAGUGUUUGCAAUUUUCAUCCACAGGGGACAAGCUUCCUAUGGGCACUACUGGAUUUACAUCAGAGAUCCAAAGUCCAACCUUUACAGAAAAUACAACGAUGAAAUAGUGAGUGAGGUGCCGAUAGAAGAAGUGCUGAAUUUUAGCGAGAACAACAGCGCGACUCCAUACUAUCUUGUCUUCGUGAAGAAUGAGCUUCUGGAUGCCAUCCAACCUCUCAAAAGGGAAAUCAAAGAUCACCAGCACGUUCCGGAUCAAUGA